GGCGAAGUGGGGGCGGAGCGGGAGAAAGGAGGCGGCCGGAUUGGCGGGCCCGCCGAACAAGGCUCCGCCCCCACCCCGCGCGCCGACGCGCCCAAUGGGCGGAGCGCGGUGCGCGCUGCUACCGCGAGAGGUUCCGUUGAAGCUGGCGCCGCCAUCUUGGAGUUGGGAGAGGCCGCGCGUCCCGUUCCCGUCCCUCUCCGGACGGCCAGGGGCGCGGGGGGGGGGCCGCGGGAGGCGGGGGAAGCAUGGGCGCCCGGCGGUGAGUUCGCAGCACCCCGCCGGUCCGUCCGUCCCCAGGGAGGCCGCGCCGCGGCGGGCGCGGAGUUGGGCGGGAUGGUGCAGUCCUGUUCCGCCUACCGCUGCCGGAACCGAUACGACAAAGAGAAGCCCAUCUCCUUCCACAAGUUUCCUCUUACAAGACCCGAUCUUUGCAAGAAGUGGGAAGCUGCUGUUAAGAGGAAAAACUUCAAGCCGACCAAAUACAGCAGCAUUUGCUCAGAACACUUUACCCCCGAUUGCUUUAAGAGAGAAUGCAAUAACAAGCUCCUAAAAGAGAAUGCUGUGCCCACAAUAUUUUGUUACACUGAACCUGGUGAAAAGUCUGAAGAAUUUGCAGAGCAGCCAGAAGAUCCACUGCCACCUCCUCCACUGCCACCACCUCCAACCACUGUAGAUCCAAGUAUUGGAUUAUUGAUGCCCCCUCUGCAGACCCCCAGCAAUCUUGCUGUUUUUUGCGAUCAUAACUACACUGUAGAGGAUACAGUCCAUCAGCGAAAAAGAAUUCAACAGCUGGAGGAACAAGUUGAAAAACUGCGGAAGAAGCUCAAGACAGCGCAACAGAGGUGCCGGCGUCAGGAAAGACAAAUUGAGAAACUGAGAGAAUUGUUCAGUUUCAGAAAGAAAAAACAUAUGGCAGGAAAAGGCUAUGUGAUUCUGCCUAAUGACUAUUUUGAAGUUGUAGAAGUACCUGCCUAGCAGUCAUGAACAUCAGUUUCACUUUGGUAGGCCAAGAAAUUUAGUUUCAAACUAAUUCUUUCUAAUUCUGUAUGUAAGACUUUCCAGGAAUUCUAAAAACCAUAAUUAAGCAGUAAUACAAAUAAGAUCAUCUUUUUCUUCAUUGUCGUUUCAGUUUGAUACACUUUUAAUAUAUUGAAGAUGCAAGCAUCUCAGAAUUAGAAUAUGCAAUUAAUUUACAAAAAUCUGAAUUGCUUCCAGAAGGAAAAGAUGCAAGAUUGAAGACACAUGAAAUUUACUUUUUUUACAAUGUUUGUCUUAUGCUUACAGGGGCUGGGAACUGAAUCUGGCUGAGAGUGAAGUUUAGGUGGUUGUACACCUAGUGCAUUGUCAAGACUUAAUGUUGGCUUUGGUAAUCCCCAGUAAGUAGUUUUCACUGAUUUUAGAAAGAACAGAAUUAGGUCAGCUAACAUCUGCAAGUGCUGCAGAAGGAUAGUUAAGAUGCACAUUUCAGUCUGGGAAAACUUCCAACUUCAGUUUGCUAUGCAUUUGAAGCACUGCAAAAAGUCUUGAUUCCUGGAUCCCUUUGGGUGAGGUAUGUAAAUGAACCUCGUCUUUUGAGUAACUGUUCACCACAUGUGUGUUUUGAGGGCGAUGAGGAGAAUUCAUUAGCAUAGCUAACGAGAGCUGUAGAAACAGCUUUUGUUUUGAGGGCACUUAAAAAUAGUCCUGAAGUGCAGAGCUGAACUGAACAUGUAUGUUACUGCACUGUCGGCAGGAUCAAUAAGAUAAUGUGCUGUUUACAGUGACUGCUUGCAAAGGGACAGUGGUAAUAUACAGUUCCAGUGUGUUGUAGGUCAUCUUCCUGUAGCACUGUAACUGGUAUUGUUCUUGGUUUUGAAAUUAACUCGCAUGUCAACCAUCUGUAGCUCAGGAAAUGAAGUUUGUUCUUUAUCCCGGGAGUCAGAUGUUCAUGUCUUUGCAGUACGCAGUGGCUUAUUUCUUUCCUUUUUUCACUCCCCAAAGGGUAUCCACCAAAGGGCAAAUAGGGAACUAGACUUUCAAGUUGCUUGGUGCUAGACUGGUUUAUAAUAUCUCAAAUGCUGCUGCCUUUUCGUCAGCCUUAUUAAAACUCUUUCUAGUAAUAGAUUUAGCAUGACAAAGUAGUGUAGCAGUUUGCACUUACUUUCUAAUAAUUUAUUUAGUCAAUGAUCUCAUUCAAAAUGAGAGAAAAUGGCUAACUCUAAUGUAGGUUUCACAGCUGAAAUUCCUGGAUAUACGAGACAUGAGGAAAAUUGCUUUUCUCAGUCUGUCAACUUGUGCACAAUGUGGGUUCUAGCUCUGUUGUUAAACAAGCCUUCUUCAUAAUGGCUUUAAAAGCUUCCCUUAAUAUCCUGUUAGCAUGACAUUUGAAAUAUUUCAAACCAGUCUUGAUACUUCUGACCUCACUCAUGCCAUGUGUCUAUUUUCCCUACCAUUUCAUACACUUAAAAUGAACAAAAAUGCCAAUGCUUCCUUUUGUGUACAUUUAUUAUACCCAUUAAAAAUUGAAAAGCAAAUGAUGUGUUAUAUU